CCUUUUUUUGGCAAUGUAUGUAGGAGCCAGAUUCAUCGAGAUGGAGAUUACCACAGAGCAGUCCACGUUUGGAUUUUUGCAGAGAGUACACAACAGUUGCUUCUGCAAAAGCGAGUUGACUGUGGGCUGUGGGAUAUCUCUAGCGCUGGCCAUGUAUCUGCUGGUGAACCAUCACUUAAAGCUGCUAGGAGGGAGCUUCAUGAAGAGCUUGGCAUCAUCCUUCCGGAGGAUGCGUUUGAAUUGUUAUUUGUUUACACUCAACAUAGGGUAUUAAGAGGUGGCGAAUAUAUCAAUAAUGAAUUUGAUGAUGUGUAUCUUAUAACAACUGUAGAUCCAAUUCCUUUGGAGGCAUUUAUUCUACAGGAAACUGCAGUAUCUGCUGUUAGAUAUGUUUCUUAUGAGGAAUAUAGAAGCUUACUUGCCAAAGAACAUCCUGAUUACCUACCCUGUGAUGUAAAUGGACCAUUCGGUCAACUCUUCGAGAUAAUUAAGCAACGGUAUGGAGAGAACAAUGUAGCACGCAGCUUGACUCUACAAAAGCAGCUCCGUCGAUAUGUACCUGUUUCUCUCAAUGCAGAGUUGACAGGCCUAUCAGAUAGAGACAGGAAGGCAUUGGGUUUACUUAUUAAGACUGCAGGAAUUGUUGACGAAAUCUUUUACCUGCAGGCUUGGUACAGCAAUCCAGCUCUAAGGGAUUGGUUGAAAGAGCAUGCUAAGACGUCAGAACUGGACAAACUCAAAUGGAUGUAUUAUUCCAUUAAUAAGGGCCCAUGGUCCUGUCUUGAUGAGAAUAAGGCUUUUCUGACGACAGCAGAUUCAGCCAUAAAGUUGCUUCCUGAAGCUAUGAAACCAGUAAGUGGAUGGAAGGGUCUGGAAUAUAAAGUAGCAUGUCCCAUGCAAAAACCACCUGGUGCAAAUUUUUAUCCUCCAGACAUGGAUAAAAUGGAAUUUGAAUCAUGGAAGGACACUCUAACAGAUGAUGAGGAACAUGAUGCAACGGGUUUUUUCACUGUUAUCAAAAGACACAAUGAACUUGGUUCAGACUCUUGUUUGUCAAAUCAUAUAUUUGAUGGCACAGGUCAUUUCACGGGUGGUCAUGGUCUACUUAGUAUUCCAUACUCAAAAGAGUAUAAUUCUCUGAUCACAAAAGCUGCUGAACUACUACAUGAAGCUGGGGAUGUGGCUAGCUCACCUAGUUUGAAGAGGUUACUACAUAGCAAAGCUGAUGCAUUCCUUUCAAAUGACUAUUAUGACUCAGAUAUAGCAUGGAUGGAAUUGGAUACUGAGCUGGAUGUAACUAUAGGUCCAUAUGAGACAUAUGAAGAUGCACUAUUUGGAUACAAGGCUACAUUUGAAGCAUUCAUUGGACUCCGAGAUAACCAGGCAACAGCUCAACUUAAACUCUUUGGAGAUAAUUUGCAGGUUUUGGAAGCAAAUCUUCCAAUGGACGGUGCUUACAAAUCAAAAGAUAUCAUUGCAGCUCCAAUUCGUGUAAUCCAACUUAUCUAUAAUGCAGGGGAUGUGAAGGGCCCUCAGACUGUUGCUUUUAGUUUACCCAAUGAUGAGCGAAUGGUAAAAGAACGAGGAACUUCAAUGGUCAUGCUUAAGAAUGUUUCAGAGGCCAAGUUUGAGCAUAUUCUUCGGCCUAUAGCUGACGCGUGUGUUGGGAAGGAACAAAAGCAACUUGUAGAUUUUGAAUCUUUCUUUACACACGCUAUCUGCCAUGAAUGCUGCCAUGGUAUUGGCCCUCAUACGAUAACACUUCCCAAUGGUCAAAAGUCUACAGUGAGAAAGGAGCUGCAAGAACUCCACUCUGCUUUGGAGGAAGCAAAAGCUGAUAUAGUUGGCCUUUGGGCACUCAAGUUUUUAAUCAACAAGGAUUUGCUUCCAAAGAGCUUGGUAAAGUCUAUGUAUGUUUCUUUUCUUGCGGAAUGCUUUCGCUCAGUUCGGUUUGGUUUAGAGGAAGCUCAUGGAAAAGGAAAAGCAAUGCAAUUCAACUGGUUAUUUGAGAAAGAAGCCUUGAUUUUGCACCCAGAUGAAACAUUCUCUGUUAAUUUUUCUAAGAUUGAAGAGGCAGUUGAAAGCCUUUGUAGGGAGAUACUAACCAUACAAGCAAAAGCCGACAAAGAAGCUGCAAGCUUGCUGCUUCAGAAAUACUGUAAAAUGACAGAUCCAUUAAAAUUUGCCUUGCACAAAUUAGAGAGCAUUCAGGUGCCUGUGGAUAUAGUUCCCACAUUUCCCAUAGCCAAUGAAAUACUUGGGUAGAGGCAGCAUGUUGUUAUCAGGUUCACACCCCACGUUUGUCCUGCUAAGAUGCAGAUUACUUGAGCUUGUUAAAUUCCUCAGAUCAAGUAACCAAGUAACACAUGAAUCCUAUGUUUUCUUCUUUUUUUUUUUUAAUUUUUUAAAAAAAUUUUUGAAUGUGUGAUUUUACUUGCUUAAUAUUUUUUGAUAUCUUGCUUAAUUUAUUGAUGUUUGUAA